UUGAAGAUAAAUUGCUGUCACCGUCACGAAAGAGUUUGUCGUGUUGCAACUGCCAAAGAUGGUCUUUCGCAGCUUCCUGCUGGUGCUGCUCGCCGUUUGUACCUGCACUGUCCUUGCUGCGAGUGAUGCUGCGGCUUCCAAACUGCCCAAGUCUGUCACUCUCUCGUAUGAAUUGAUCGGAUCUCCCUCAGUCAAGCCGCUCGUCACUGUCUUCUACGACCCAAAAACUUCUAAGCACGCCUUGUCGUCAUGGACUCCUCCGUCCCUCGACUCGCUCAAAUCUACCAACCCCGAAUCUACCUCAUCGAAGCUGCUUCGCAUCCUUUUACCUAAUGGCAGCUCUACCGUAACCACCCUCGACACGUUCGGCGACGAUGUCCACCAGAAAAUCGACCUCUGGAUAUCUCCAGACGAUGGAUCGGUCUUCUCUGCUUCGGUCUCCGGCCUUUCACCGCCCCCAUUGUCCGCAGAAGAAGAACGCUACAGGAAGAAAGUCGCUAGAGCCAAGGCAAAAGGGAGGCCGAUCCCACCUCCGCCUCCAGUGCCAAAUACAAAGAAAGCAAGAGAAGAAGCAGCUAAAGCAGCAGCCCUCCAUGAGCCCAUCAAAGUCAAUCUCAUCACCUCCGGCCCCGGCCCCUCUCCUGAUCUAGCGACUCGGAAACCACCUCAGGUCGAUACUGAAGGCAGAGAGAUUCCGCAGGAAGAACAACAAGAGAAGAGCUUCUUCCAGAAGUACUGGUGGGUGUUUUUGAUCGCUACCAUGCUCAUGAUGACUGGCGGUGGUGGGGCAGAGAAAUGAACUCUCGGGCAAACACCCUCCUUUGAAGCAUUGGGCCUGUUACUCCAGACUGCCGGAAAGGAACAGUGGCUACGGCACGCCCCAACGAAUCUCUAGGAAGCUCGCGUUGUUCACUAUCAGGGGUAUUACUAGAUCGACUCCCCGCGUCUCAAACUGGCGUCUUAGCGAUGGGCGAGUGGUGAAAGCAACCUUGUCGACUUCCUAUCCUCCGCUGAAGCUGUACGCGAGAAACAUGUACACAUUCCAUUGUUCCGGAACUCACCAGGCAAAGCCGUUAGAUCCAUUCAACCUUCCAGUUUGGCAAUACACCAUAUAGGCUCGACGGAGUUCCAAAAUUGAUGUCGCAGCUAAUGCAGAAUAUCAUCUCUGGGAAGCUCGCGACGGAUUCGCCUACCUCUUCCCCAGACACUGAGAUCCCAAACCUGUAACCCUCUGUCUGUUAGCACGACUAGCUCAUUCUCGGCAACCCUCCUCCGUGGAGGUCUUUUGCGCUUGUCCCAUGGCUCCGAUUCUCCUGAUUCAGACAGCUCCGGAGCCGGGGACAUUCCACGUUCCUGACCUGUUGACGUAUCAUGGGACUCGUCUCGUCUUCCUGCAGUUGAAGUCUCCAUCAACUCAUUUUCUUUGCCUUUGGCUACGUCUAGCUCCGCUAGACUUGGAGGGCUCGGUUCGGGAGACUCAAGGACGACUUUGCUUGCGGAACUAUGGUAGUCAGGAGGACGAGCGAUGUGUCUGAUCUGGCCGAUCAGUUUAGUGUCCGAAAAGGGUGCCGGUGGUAUUUCGUGGAAGCUCAUACUCGGUUCCUGCUUCUGGACUUCGGUGUACGUAUUUUCUGAAAGGGCUUCAGCCGGCAAAUUUGGUCUCGGUGACGAUUGGUCAUAGGACUGUGGUAGCCCGGAAGGCUGCGGUCGAUCUUGUUGGUAGAUACCAUCAUCAUCUUCCUUUUCCUUUUCCUUCACUACACCUCCCUUUUCAUCUGCAGCUCCUUCUGCCUCCUCACCCUUUCCGUAUAUAUCUCCUGC